AUGUCAGAUUUUUCGCAAUUAGUGCAUAAAUUGUCAGAACCCAUACCUCAGUAUGUGUUAGGUUGUUUGCCAGCUAUAGCAAUAGUAGGCGCAUCACCGGAGAAUCUAUUUACGAAAAAGCUUAUAUGGGUAUUACGAUGUCUUGGUUGUCCAUUUAUGGGAAUUUUCUACUCUGUCAAUAUAGGAGGUAAUCAAAUACAUCGGUACCUAUUUUGGCUUCCAGUAAAUAACUUUGAAGAUAAUGCAGGUAGAUUAAUACCAUACAGACCUGUCGGAGUGUAUACUAUGAGACUGAGUGGAGGUCAAGACAUAGAUGAUUACAUUAAUAGAUGCACAGCAAAAGUAUCAGUUCUAGAAAGAUUAUCAUCAUUAAUACCAGUGUAUUAUAUCAUAGUCGGUGUAUUGGCAGGAAUAUCUAGGGCAACUGGAUCAAUUGCUUGUGAGGAUUGGCCAUAUAUACCAUUAUUAUUGUCCUGGACAAUUCCCGCACUCUGGAGAAGAAUAUCUUCGGGAAACCUGGUAGUCAAAGAUCCUAAAGUAGAAUUUGGAGAUAGAAGAAUAACUAUGGUUGUAAAUCCGGAUGAUAGAAGUCAUAAAAGCUUUACCGUUUUUUUAACUGCUUUUUUAUCAGUAACUUUUCCUUGGAUUACACUACUUUUAGCCUACUAUACACCGCCAAUCGGAUACUUUUGUAGAAGCAAAUAUAUCACAGUAAUCUGUUCUGUAUGGUCAUUUAACAAUGUUUUAGCAUAUUUAUGUCACCUGAAAGGGGAAAAAGACUUAACUCAACCUUCGAUCCUUCAUACUUGGUAUUCAUUUUGUGGUUUCAUCGUAGCAAUUCUAUUGCUUGUUAUGGGCUUAUUUGAUAAGAAUCCAAGUUGGUGGGUAGGUCUUUUUGGGCAGUCUUGUGAUGUAUCAAGCGCCGGAUGUUAA